AUGCAUCCUUACCUCGAGUCCAUCCCGCUUGCACCGUCUCUCUUGGGGAUUGCGAUCCUGGUCUGCUUCGGGAUCUACAUCCGAUCCUCGGCUCGCACAAACGCGCAAGUCGCAGAUUCCAAGAACACAUACUCAACCUAUCCUACCACACCGGCCUAUAACAAUGGAAAAACGACGGAAAAUGCUCAAGAACCCACCAGCUACCCUCCGAUAAACCCCCUCCCGAACUUCAACUGGGAAGACACGCCUCCUCUCGCCAUCCGACCAUUCAAGCCGAAGUACCAUCUAACAAUGGCAAUAUCAACCCUCGACCCCUCAGAACUAAUUCCCAUGGACAAAACUUACAAGGAGCGUCUUGCCCUGCGAAAAACCCUCUUGGAAUCUCACCCAGACACAGUUCGCGCUGUUAACAUGAGCAAGGACACGCCCGAGGUGAAUGCCCGGAUUCGUGAGGCCCUGUGUGAGUGGUAUGCGUUUAUCGUGGGGGAGUAUCUGCCGAGCCGGUAUCCGACCAUGUUCCGGCUUGCAGACGGAGAGGAAGGGGUGGUACUUGAGAAUAUCGUUACAGGAGCGAGGACUUGGGUCGAUCCGGACGUUGUUCUGCGCUCUUUCACCAGCGAAGUGGCAGAGGGUGAUGAUGUCGAGGAAGCCCGGCUCCUCCAUCUCAUGGAUAUCCUCUCCUCAUACAUUGACGAGGACUUCCUUAUCCUCUUUCCCAACCCUCUCUCCCCCUCCACCACAACCACCAGCCCCGAAGAAAUCCCCUACACCCUCCAACUCUACUCGACCUACUACCCAGCAGGUUUCAACCCGCGCGAGAAACUCGGCCUGCCCCUCGCACAAAUCCACACGCCUGUCCCAGGGUACAAGCAGAAACUCGAGAAGAGCAUGGAUAGGUUCUUUGCGCGCUUGGAGGUGGGGCGGUUUGUGGUGAGGGCGAAUUGGUCUAUUAUGACGCCUGGCGCGAGGCUUUUCGCCGCGUUUGGAGGGUUGCAUGAUCAUUCGCCAGAGGACUUGGAUUUGAAUGGUAAGAACGAGAAGAGUGAACGGGAGGUCAAGGAGGAGAUUAUGGAUGUUGAGGGGUUUGAUGGGUCUGAUACAUACCUCCGCUGCGAACGACAAACGCUACACCGGUUGCCAAAAUCCAAAGCCCUCGUCUUUGCCUUCCACACGUACACAUACCCCAUCAAGGAUAUCAGAGACGAAGGGCUGGGUGAGGAAAUGGCUGUUGCGAUCGACGGACUGAAAGAGGGUAAUGUGCCUGGGAUUCAUGCGUACAAGAGGGGCGCAUAUUGGGGAGAGGCUGUGAAGAAGUUUUUGCGGUCAUGA